AUGGCGGAUGAGUGGUGCGUCUGCCCAAAGCUGGCCAGCUGCGAGUCUUACAAAGCGACUGAGGGUAAUAAGCCCUAUAGGGAGGUGGUUGAGGAACUCUUUGCUGCGCAGAGCGGCUUGCGAAUCAACGUAGUUCACUUCAAUGUUGCAGCAGCUGCUUCCACCUGCCCGUGGUUUGCAGCCACAUGGCUCUUUUCAGAGGCACUUCGUCUAGGAAUUCAACCGGACUUGAUCUCUUAUAGCACGGAGAUGAAGGCUGGAUCAGGGCAAGCACCGUGGCAUUGGGCCACUUCCUUGAUGGAGAAGGCUGCGAAGUCCCAAGCAGGAGCAGACCUCGUGGUCUGGACCACUGCGGUCAGUUGCUGCACCCGAUGUGAUGGCCCCUGGCCUUCCGCCCAAACAUUGCUGUCCUCCUGUGCUGCGGCUGCCCUCCGCCCAGAUGUGGCCCUACUGGCCGCCGUCCAGUCGGCCACAACCAGGUGGGCCGCAGCGUUGGAGUGGCUCCGAGUUGCGAAAUUGUUGCAGGUUGGGAGAAAUGCUGUCUUCCUCACCACCACCCUCAGCGCCCUGGACGCAGCCUGGCGCCAGCAGCUGGCCCUGCUGCACGGUCCCUGCAGCUCGCAGGCGGUGAAUGCCGUGGUGAAUGGAGCCGCGAUGGCCGCGGAAUGGGAACAAAGCCUGGUGCUUUUGAGGACCCUGCCUCUUUGGCGCCUCUUGGCUGAUGUCAUCACCUUCAACAGCCUGGUGGAUGGCCGAGGAGCGCAGUGGAAGCAGGUCUCUAAGUUCUUGGAAGAGAUGAGGCUGAAUCAGUUGCGGCAAAGCCAGGUGACAAUCAAUGUAGCUAUGGCCUCCCUGAUGCAAGCUAGUCGCUGGGCAGAGGCAUUGUAUCUGCAGGGGCCGCACACCCAGCUGUUCCUGGAUCCCUUGGGUGCACGUGGGGCUUUAGUGGCCAGUGCGCAGGCGACUGAAAGCUGUCCAUCCAUAUUUUGGGUUCUUAUUUGGACCAUAGCUUCUUUCCGUGGCAGCCAGUGGAGUAAAGUGGAGCGGAGAAUGAGCGUCCUUGUUAUUGCAGAACUCUCAUUAUCCAAGAGUGUGAGACCGCGGAAGCCUUUGGUUUUUGUGCAGCUGGACAUGGAUCCCUCGUGGAUAGAUUUCUCCUACAAGACCCAGGGUGAUAUCUGCAGCUGGGGACAGGCAGCGCGCUGGAGCUUGGCGCUGGAGUUUCUGCAGCUGUCUCUGCGGUCGCGCAUCGAGGACCGUCCAAGCCACAGCGCUGCGGCGCGCACGGCGGCGCGGGCACGGCAGUGGCAGUGGAGUUCGCACAUCCUGGGCUGCUUGGGGUUCUCGAAGAUCAUGGAGAAAGAUAUUGGGUCUUCCACUCCUCAGGAGCCGGGGGGGAGGUGGAGUUGGAACACUGACAGAGUUUGGAUGGGGAUUCCAACGUCAAUAAAAAAUGGGACCAACAAAAACUUUGGGCCGCAUUGA